CAGUUAGGAUUUCGAUUUGAUCAUAAACUUGAAAUGAUUCUACCUGAAUGUAGUAGUGGUGGUGGUGAUCAAAGUCCAAAUAUAUCAUUAAAAAAAGAAAAGCUUUAUUCGGGUUAUUGUCUUCGUCCUUAUGUGGCUUACAAAGGUAGUCAUGCUGUUGAUUAUUCCAAAAAAGCAAAUGUGAAAAUGCGCAAAGACGCUUUACUAAUCGAUCAAGAAGAUGCUCAACUUCUAAGAAUUGUAGAAGGCUAUUGUUCUUCAUCGCAUUUGAGUCGUUUAUUAAAUAAACAAGGACAACGAUCGAAUAAUCGAUGUUUCACUGACCAGCCACCUCAGUUAAUUGUGGCUGAAGAUGAGAAAAUUCUUGUCGAAGAAGUUGUUGGUGAUGAAAUCAUUGUCCAAGAAAAAAGCUUAGUGGAUACGGUUUAUGCAUUGAAGGAUCAAAUCAGUGAAAUGCAAAAGGAAAUACGAUUAUUGAAUAAGACAAUUGAUCACGAACAAAAAGCUCGUCGUCGUGUAGAAGAAUCGUUAAGGCGCUUAACACAAAAUUCAUUAAGAAAAUCGAGUAUAAAUCAAGCAGAUUCAGAAUCUCAAUAA